ACGAAAUACUAAGUAAAUAUAUACGAGGACAAGUUACCGGAAAGUCAUCUUUUUCACCACUCUCUUACACUGCGGUUAAUUGUAUGUUGAGGCACGAACAACAACUCGGCUAGGAGAAUGCUUUUUCACAUUUGAUCUACGAGCUGUCUUUAAAACUACGAAAUAUUGAAUUCGGAUGGUGAUGAGAAGCACUCCUUGGGUUAUGCAUCAAUUGUCACACAACUGGACGCCACUAUUUGAGCGUCUUUCUAUCAGCCUAGACCGAGCAAAGCUUUGGUAUCGGGAGGUUACAAGCUCCCAGUACUGUAGUCAGCCCCCAUGGCACUCACUUAUUGACUCCUUAACAACAUUGGACCCUACUAUAAAGGACUCAUCUUUAAUUUUUAAACCGAGAUUUGCACUGCUUCCUAUGGUAGUUCAAGAAAGACUGUUGCAGUUUAUGCUAUCAGAAGACUCGUGUAUCCCUGAUGGUGCUGUGCAUGAGUUGUUGAGAGUGGUGCUGGACCAUAUCUCUGAGAAUACAACACUUUGUAAUCUUGCUGAAAAGCUUUGUGCACUUUCACAGUUUGUCAGACCAUCAAAUCUGCCAGUGGAGCCAUACAUGUCAACAAAUGUGUGUUACAGUGUCAUGGACAUUUCACCAGAGAAUGUUAUCAUCAUCGAUGAUGAUUCAGAGUCUGACACUGAUCCAGCCCCUAAACAAUCAAGACUAGAGAUGGCUACUGUAGCAGUCAGAAAUCAACCCAUACUGGAGAUGGCCACAGCAGUCAGUAAGAAACCAGGAUUUGAGUCAGCUACAUCAGCAGUGAGUAAUCAACCAGGAUUGGAAGUUGUGUUAGUAGAUGGCACUAAACAAGAGGGAACGGAUUUUCUUGAUAGGGAAGCUAAUGCCUCUCCACCAGGUAUUCUAACCCAGUGGGCUGGUAGCCAGUCAGUGUCUUUCAUAGACAAUUUUGACAAUAAUGGAGUGGUUGCUGUGGACACGGACAACAUCAUAGCUUUUGCAAGUGCUCUUAAAGACACAUGGCAUAGUUGUGUUUCAAGUGAAAUUCCAGAUUGCCUGCAAGACAUUACACAUCUUUCAGCUGAAGAAAUGGAGAAGCUCUGCACUUUUGCAGAAUUUGAAGGGAUGUCAGAUGACUCAGUUUAUCUUGCAUGUCAGCAUAUGGGCACAUUAUGUGGCAGUAUUAGUUUCUGUAAUAUAUCAUGCUUUCUUAGUAUGUCACUGAAACUUAAAGUAAGUAAGCUUUCACAGAAUGCUUCAAGAAAACUUACCAGUGCUAUUAUGUUAAUGGCUGGAAAGUACCCCAAGCAAUUGGUAGAGACUGUUAUUAUACCAUGUUUGUUAGUGUCUGACAUUAACUCAUAUCAAUGUGACAUAAUAACAAAACUUUUGAAAGAAAACACAGAUCAUUCAUUGUGUUCAAAUCUUCUCCAUGACAUUGUAAAACACGAGUUUACAAUAACUGAGAGCAACAUUUGUGUUUUUCAAGCAAUCUUGGAGUCUGGAUGCGAGCUUACGGAAAGUGACAUCACACAGUUUGUGUCAGUAUGCAGCAAAUCAGCAGGGGCCUUGGCAAACAGUCUUAAGUUUGGUAAAGUGCUGUUAGCAAUUAUAUCUCACCAUGGAAACAAAAUUCAGGAAAUACUGACAGAACUGGAAAAUAUAGUUUCCAAAAAUAGAACUGUUCUUAAGAAGAAAAUUUCCUCAUUGCUUAUUGCAUUCAAUAAAUAACAAAUGUUUGUA